CCUCAUCCCCUUCCUUCCGCCGCCGCCAUCUUGAGCUAAAAGUUCUCCGGGGCUCCCAUACUCGAAUUUUUUCCUACACAUCACGCAAAAUGCGCCUCGAUACCUCCGCUUCCGCCUCCUCCGCCGCCUAUUCAUGUAUCCUUCUCAACAGCGACCCUGAUAUCGGCAGCCGCCGCAACAACACCACGGCCGUCGGCCAAGGGAGGGAUAACCUCACAAUCGAGGCGUCCUUCUGCUAUGCGCAGCCGCCGCUCCCGUCCAACCUCUUCGUCCAUUGCCCCGGCGCAACCUUCCCCCGCAGCUCCAUAAUCGUCUCCACCGCCGACGAUCUCCUUCUCUUCCGCGUCCCGGUGGCCGUCGAACCGCCACCAAAAUUCAUCAGGUACGACGACUGCGACUACAUCAUCUACCGUGCCGGUAGGUCCCCGUCUCUCACGCGUAUUCCAAAUCCGAAGCCCAACUUCUACGACCUGAACGUCGGCCUCCUUUCGCGCGCCGGAGAUCUAUUUACUGUUGCUGCCCUUGUUGCUAACUCCACAAAUGAAUUCACCCUUCAUCGAUUCGACUCUGAAGUUGGAAAUUGGUCCAUGAAGACGGUAUUGCUGGAUGCCCCGCGGAAGCCCUACCCGAUGAGGAUCCCCGCUAAUGCGCUUCGGCUCAACCACCACAUCACAACAACUGUUAUCACGCUCGGAGGUAAAUCUGGCACCAUGGGUUGGGUUGAUCUCUGGAGCGGCAUCCUGCUCUAUGACCUAUUCCCUGAGGAGGAUCAAGAGAGACCACCUAUGCUAUGGCACAUGCGGCUGCCAUUGCCGAUGGAUCUGGGAAAAUGGGUAACGGUACUAGGCUGCCCAAAGUCUACUCGUGGAAUCGCAUCUGUCAUCAAGGAUGGCAAGCCCUGUCUCAAGCUUGCUGGCCUGCAAAUUAUCGAGGAACGUCUUCCCUACGAUGACAUUGAAACAUAUAUGCCCUGCUACAGAGUCAACAACUGGGCCAUCACCACAUGGAGCAACACUAUUAUGGUCCACGCCAAUUCUUCCGACAAUUGGCAAGAGGACUUCACCGUAUGGGCUCCAGAUAUAAUUAUCAGUGAUACUGUACGUUCAGAAUUGUUGGCCUCUGGUUUGCUACACCGUAAACCGUCUCAAGAUGGUGAAGAGACGGUGGAGCUUGCACUGCAAAAUCUUGUGGUGUCUGAGCCCACACCAAGCCUGAAUGGUGAAGAAGAGGUCGUUUAUCUGAUGGCCAGGCCAAAGUACUUCCACCCCAAAGCAUGGGCCCUUGCUAUUGACAUCAAGAACCACACACUGCUAGAUGUGGCUGAGUUUGGCACUGCUAAGGCCGGAAUGCUUCCUAUUGUCACCUAUCGCUCUAGUGCCAUUUCCAAAUAUUUAACUCAGGCAACCCCUCCAGAAUAGGGACUAAAGAAUGUGUUAAUGACUAAUGAAAAAGGUCGAUGAUUGUUUGUGCUCCUGCUGCUGUGAAUUAAUGUGUUAUGUGGUGCGUGAGAGAAGUGGGCUAAUCUUACGUGGCAGCUGACUGAUAGUGUUAUUGUUACCGUGGAAAUGUGAAGUAGACAUAAGUGGGUUUCUAUGAGGCAUCAGGCUGAGCUAUGUUGCGGACUACAUGAACUUUGUUUUGCAUUUAUUUAGUACUAAUUUUUUUGUUGUCUACAUGUCUAGCCCUGUUUUUGUCACCUGGCUUUGCCAGUGCCAUGACAAUGAUUAAAUCCAUUGUUUAAUAUGGUUUACUGUACAUGUUCUUACUUUGGUGACACAUGGUGGCAUUGGUAGUAUGUUUAUUUGGGAAUAAUCAAUUCAAUGGUUAUAUUCAAUAUUAGAAUUCGUUUCUUAUGAAUGUAAGGUUUGACCCUUCAAAGAAAAGAAAAAACAACAACAAAGCCUUGUAGUCUGAAGAAAGUUGGGGUCCGCUAGUUUUGUAUCCCACUGCCUCUUGCAUUGGUGACUCCUUUCUACGUAUGACAUUUGCAGCAUACCAAUACUGUAAUCAAUAUGUUGGUAAUUGUGCCCUGCGCAGCUACAUGUUGCCAAAUGUGAACUUAACUAACUCGGAUAUCAAAAUGUGUACAUUGGAUUCUCUUAGUUUUUUCCAGGGUUGAUGAGUGUUGUAUUCAAUACGCAUGUGUUGGAUUUUGCCUGUCUUCAUUAAGCAUUUAUGCUAUUUCAUUUG